AGUCCCAUUCUGCAAACGGUGCUGCACCAGUUGAGUAGUCCUCGACUUACGACCGGUUGAGUAGCCCUCGACUUACGACUGGUUGGGGGUCACGGCAUUAAAAAGGUUGAGAACCACUGGCCUAAAUGAAGUGGGAUGUCUAGAGCUCCUGUCCAAUAUUAUAACUCUUUUUGAAUAUGGUCCCUAUUCUCCAAGGACAUAGGGUGGGUUUAAUAUGCUGUGUUCCCUAUUUGUACAGCUGAAAUAUUAAAUCCGAAGAGCCCCAGUUCAUGUUUUCAAUUAAAUCAUUUCAUAUAGUUUAUAAAUUUCCUUUUCUAACAUCUCAGUUCUACUAUAGUUUUUCUACAAUCAGAAUUUUGCAAGACAGUAAAUAGCAAUGUAGCUAUGUGCCAUUGGACAAGAAUAUUGCCCUCAGCUCCUAAAGCAAGCAUUUAUCUGGGUCAUGAUUUAUUAUUUUUCCACUAUUACUGGCAUUUCUUUCAGUUUUUUCCCCCUAUUCCUAAUUGAACUAAUUUAUUUUGUUACAAUGGGUUUUUUGAGUGCUUAAGUUUCUUGAAGUUACAAGCUUAAUAUAUGGAUAUGCUACAAAUUGAGCAAACUGAUUCUACAAAUGUAAACAGUACUCUAGCAAGAACAAAAGGUAUUAAGUACUGUGUUGUACUUCAGUCUUUUGUUUUCUUCUAGGAUUCCUCCAGGCUUACACUGCUUAAAUUUGAAUGCCAUUUCAUUCUUUUCUGAAUGAAAAGAAAUGGAUAUGGUCUUAUUUAGCCUUUUAUUUCAACCCAAUAUACUUUCUCCCACCUCCUCAGUACAGGGAGUUUGCAGAUUGGGGGUGAGGGAUGCCCAGGUGAGGGGGGUGGGUAGGAGGUCCUGAACAGCCUAGACUUGGGUCAUUUUUUCAAAACCGAUCAGUCUUCCUUGGGCAGAGGGACAAUGCAGUCAGAACAAACUCUCUAUUUUGCAAGCUUAUCACAAAUUUGUUUUACCAUUAUAAGAAGCUGUUUGAAAAUAACCACAAAUUUUUUUUACAAAACAACUCUCUGCCUAAAGGUAUACCAUUGACAAAAUAGUAUACAAUCUUCAUGUAAAAAUAUAUUUAUAUUUCAUAUUUCCUAAAUCCCUCACAGGUGAUUGGCAUAAUAAGGACAUGAACUCUUACCGAAUCGGAAUUCUCUUUAAAACAUUUUGAGCCUAGCACACAUCUCUCUCCAUUUGCUUAGAUUAGAAAAAGAAAAACAGGGAGACGUCACCAUUUUACCUAUUUCUGAAUAAUUCAUCACUGGAGAGGUGCUUUGGGGAAAGUGGUGGAGCCUCUUAAUAGGCUCUCUUCUGGCAUGUGGGAGGAUACAUUAGGGAUUAUGGGAGAAAGGCUGAGUGAAGGGAUCCAGAGGAACCAUCCUAGAGAUUAUGUUGUUUACUCCUUCAUAAUAGUCUUCAAGUAAGCACAAACCAUUUCAGCAAAAUAUGGGACAGCAAUUAUGUUGCAUAUAUCUGAUUUGAUCAAGAAAGCUCUAAUUUUCAUAAGAAACAUGCAAACAUUCCUGUUGGGGAAUAAAGUGCAGACAUCCAUUUGUCCUUGAAGAAAUUAACUUGAAUUUUUUCUGUACCCUGCAUUCCACCUAAUUCUGGAUGUGAAUCAGGCUUGCAUUGAUUCUUGUGUAAUUGCCCAGCACCUAGCUGAACUUGGCUUGAACUGCAAAAAAACUGUGUGGUUGGAUCGGGUAGCUAAUUUUGGUCUUAUUGUUAAUUACAUUAAUGUAUCAGCAAAUUACCAACAGUCAGAUGCAGGAGUCACAAAAGGAAGAAUUCUCCAGCUUUCAAGAACUGAAAUUGACUUUAAAGAAAUUGCAUAUGUAAUUUAAAAGACCUACCAAGGAGGUCUUGUACUUACCACCUGUUGGGAUACUGUAAUAUGCUUUAUAUGUGUCUUCCUUUGAAAGGAAAGACAUAUAUAAAAUGCAAAAAUUGCAACUGGUAUGAAACAGCAGCUCGUGUGUUAACAAAUCAUAGUCGCCAUAGUCUUACUUAUUCACACACACACACAAGAUAAAAAUAUAUAAAAAAGCUGAAAGUACAAGAAAGGGAAAAUGAAAUUAGAAAUAAAGAUACAAAGUUAGUACUUUAUAGUACUUAUAAGUAAAAUUAUAAAUUUACCCUUUAUAAUUACAACUUUUCUAUUUUAUCUCAUUGAAAAAGUCUGUAAAGGGUCGCUUUAAAGACUUCUGAACCAGUGUAUAUAUUUGAAUCCAGAAUUUUCUAGCUUUUUUACAUGCUAGAAGAAAAUAUGCACCAAACAAAAAAUGUCCAUUCAUAUUUCCACAAAUUUGAACAUUAAUAAUAAUUUGAAGUACCUUUAUAUAUUUAGAUGCUUUCUCUGGUGACCUACACCAACGCUACAUUUUAUAAAAAUUCUCUAACCUAAUGCAAGUGUAAGGUUCCAUCUUUAUGUUAUAACCCAAAAUUUUACCCCACUUUAUCAUACAUGACUUUUUUCAAAUUUUAAUAAAAAUUUAUAUCUUUUAGCAAUUGUGUGUUCAUAAUUUGCCCACAAUUCAACUUUAUGGUUCUACUUCAGACAUUCUUACAGAGUAUGACACGUAUAUCCCUCUGCCACCAGUUCUUCUCUUGAUUUUAUUUCACAUUCUUAAUGUUCUAAUAUCUCAUAAAUCCAUUCGUGGUUCCUUGUUUCUUAAUACGCUUUUGUGCUUUUUUAAAGCCACAAAGGUGUUUUCAAGCAUAGAUACCGAGGUUUGGUAUCUAUUUCUUACUCUCAAUAUGGCACGUCUAACAAAGAAUUUCUAAAAUCCACAUUUAUCUUGACUUUCUUAUAGCACAAAUAUCCAUGUUAUCCAAAUCUCAGGUCAUAUCCUUUUAACUCCAAAACCCUAUUUCUCCGUACUACUACUACAACCCCCACCACCAGCAAUUCACCUCCCAAUGUUCCUCACCUGGUGUAAACUCCCCCCCCCCCAUCAUAAGUGCUAUCACAAGACUCACUGGUGACACACACCUGACUUAUCACAAGACCCUGACCUGAUGGGACCCUCCCCUGACAUGACCUCACCAUCACAAGACCUGCUGACCACACAAAGCCCUUAUAAACAGAAGAAAACCUGACAUCCCUAAAAUCUGCUGAAGAUAUCACUUAGCCUGAUAAUGAAAUAUUCGGAAACAACUCACAAACUCAACGAAACUUCACCCUCAUCUUACACCUGAACUACAGAUAUUCGCCACUAUUGCAGUACCACUCUCAUCCAAACCUAUUUUGCAAGCUGCAAAAGAGUAGUUCCUACUUUGCUGUAGUCAUACAUACACUUUAUGGUUGUUGCAUGAUCAAAUUCAAUUCAAAGUGCUAUUUUUAAUUUCUAAACCAGUGUUCUGACAUUUUGUUAUAAGAUCAUGAAGAACCAUAUUCACAGUGUUUUCCAAAACUUAAUAUGGAUCAACAGCUUCAUUGUAGGCUUUCCAGAAGCUGUUAAGGACAAGGCUGUUCCAGGGAACAUCUUGAGGGUAAAUGGUUGCCAGCACUACUUGCUCCAUUACUGUAUUUUUUAGUUGACUUAUUGUAUGCUGAUUUUAUCCCUUUUUAUCAUGUUUAAUGCUUUUUAUGAUGUAAACAGAGAAUUGCUUUUGGGGUCUGACAACACAUAAUAAAUUGGAAUCCCAACCUGUUAUAACCACAUAGUGUCUUGAAUCAUUUUCCUUCCCUUAGUCCUCAGUUGUAGCAGGGAGAAAGGAAGGAAGGUACAUCCUUGUGAGCUGGCAGCAAAUAGGCUAUUAUGCAGAAAACUGGAGUUGCUUCUUUCAGCUGGGAGUACUCAUGCACUUACAAAUAAUGCAAAUUAAUUACAUGGGUGUGGUAAAUGGUAACUUGUGAAAUCUUUAGUGGGUGUUAAGUACUCCCCAUCUUGUAGCUUCUUUUGGGGUUGUUUGCUCUAGAGGAGAGGCAGGCAUCAUCACCGAAGAGUUGGUUGACACCAGGACCAUGGAAGGCUCGUGGAAGAGUUGGGUAUUGCUGGUGGUGUUCUCUCUGGCUUUCUAUCAAGCUGCUGGAACUCCUGUGACAUCACAGAAAGAAUGUACCGAGGAUCCAUCAAUAUUGUGCCAGGAUUUUGCUACAGCUCUGAAGUGUGGAAGUUUGGAGCGCUGUCAUCAGAUGCUGCAAGUUAAUGGCCCUAAAAGUUUAAAAUGCACUCUUUGUAAAUUCACUGUAGUCAUUAUGGCAAAGAUUGUUCAAGACAAUAUUACAGAUGAAAGACUUGCUAAGUUUUUUGAGAGUGGAUGCCAGUAUCUUCCCUUCCAGGACUGGUCAAUAAAAUGCAAGAAGAUGGUGGACACUGGAGUGAUCAUUCUUAUAGAGCUUGGUAAACAAGUUCAGGAUAGACCUGAAAUUGUGUGUGGUGCUUUUCUACUCUGCAAUCAGCCACACAGUCCUGACAGAGCACUGAAGUUUCAGAACCAACUAAAAUCAGAAGAAUGGCCUGAAAAAACAGAGUUUCGUGACAUGCUGUCUCCCUUCAUAGCUAAUGUGCCUCUUCUCUUCAGUCCUCAAGAUAAACGCCAAACAGAGCCUUGGUUCUGGCAGAGUAAUGUAGAUCCCUGUCAUGAAUGCAAGAUGGUGGCUAUAGAAAUACACGAAAUCUUGAAGAACAGCCCCUUCCUUAUCCAGACUUUGGAGGAUUAUGCCAAGCAGCAGUGUGAAGGUUUGGGGACCCAUAUGGCAGAUGAGUGCAAGAAAUAUGUCCCUGAAUACGCACAUGCUUUUGUGCAAUUCCUCAUGUCUCUCUUGGAUACGCCACCAAUGGGAAUUUGCGGUAAAAUUGGAUUCUGUGACAUUACAAAAUCAGAGCCUUUUCAUCCUUUGAAGGCAAUGGACUACUUUUCAGACCUGUAUGGAGCAGUAGUUAAGACAAUUUCAGAUGAAGAUAAACCUCAUUUGGUAUGUGAUAUGUGCAAGAAAGUUGUACAGGUGGCAGAGAACUUGGUGGAGAACAAUAACACAGAAGAACAAAUAGUCCAUCAGAUGGAGAAUGUUUGUUACAUGUUGCCUCAUGAAGUCGUUCCUCAGUGCAGGGACUUUGUGAAUUCUUAUGGAAUGGCAGUUCUCACUAUGCUAUUGGAGGCUACUAAACCUGAAUCCGUGUGCAUUAUGUUCAAAUUUUGCCCAGAAGAUGUAUCUUUAAGCACCAAGAAAGUAGCUCUUGAGAAAAUAGCUCCUGAAAAGAAAGUAGCUUUUGAGAAAGUAUCAGAAGACAAGGAUAGUGAACUAUGUCACACGUGUAUACUUCUUGUUAAUUAUAUUGAUGGUGAACUGGAGAAGAAUGAAACACAAGCCCAUAUUGGAUCUUUCCUUGCUAAAGGAUGCCAACUACUCCCCGAUGCUUUGGUAUAUCCAUGUGAUCAACUGGUGGACCAAUAUGAACCAGCUGCUAUCCAUCUCCUGAUACAAGUCAUGCAAGCACCCUUUGUAUGUGUGAAAAUAGGAAUUUGUCCUGAACCCCAUCUUGUGGGAAUGGAGGCCUGUUCCCGGGGCCCUACUUUCUGGUGCAAGAAUCUUGAGACUGCAGAGCAGUGCCAGGCCACUGAAUACUGCAAACACCACAUAUGGAACUAGAGGAGGAGGUCCUGGCAGUGGAAGAACAUUGGCUGUGAUGUUCGUUGAAUAUAUCUGGAAACUUGAUUUGGGUGAAAAAAAAUGUGAAAAAUCUGAAUCUUGGCAAAAGCCCGUCUUCCUUUCCCACCUUAAGCUCAAAAGAGGCCAGUGUUUCAUUUGCUGAUCAAGUUCUGAAUCACUUUUUUGCUUUGAGCGUAUGGUGAGAAAGGAAUGUAAUUGAGAAGAAGAGGGUGGAAGGAUUAAUAAUAUCUUGGGAUUGUGUUCAUAAUAGCAAUAAUCAAUUUUAGGAAGAUAAAACAACUAUAUACAGUAGUCAAAAUAACCAGAACAGGUAAUUUACACUGGGAUUUUCAAGUAAUAGGAAUGUUGAAUUUUGAAAAUUUCCUAAGUGGGGAGAUGCUUUAGGAUGCUGCUGAUCAAAACAGAUUAGAAGCGACAAUAGCUGCAAAGAUAGUGGAUGUGAAAAGGUGUUGCACCAAUGGAGCAUUAUUCUUCAAGUAGGACAUAAAUGUGUUCUUAAAAAAUGUCAAGGAACAAUUCUGCUACUUUUUCUCAAGAAGCUCUGAAUUAAUGUACAUGCUAACCCUUAUAGCUAUUCUUGAAAUGUAGAGUAAAGCAGUGGGGCUUUCUCUUCAAUGCUUAUGCACAUUUUAUCAGUUGAAAAAAAGAUAAAUAUUGAUCUAUUUGAUAUUGACUAUCUAAUUGGCAACAGUACCUUUACAAACCCUGUAUUUUAAAAUUGGAUGCUAAAUAAAACCUUGAUCCUUGAACCAA